AUGACUAUUCUUGAUAUUGCAAUUAGAAUUAGAAUAAUAAUUGAUAUUGUGAUUUGUAUGUUUUGUGGUUCAAUAAGAAGUAUUGCUAUCAGUCCAGCUGCGAAUCCUGAUUGUCCUGAUUGA